UCUCUGCCCACCACUAUGCGGGUAACAGGUGUGAUCCGCUACACGGUGCUGCUCAUCACCCUGCUGGGCACGUGGUUCAUCCUGCAGACCUACUUCCACCGCAGCUGGAAAGCCAUCAGCCUGCGGAGCUGGCUGGGUGCCACGAACAAGCCCAGGAGUGAGAAGCUGCCCCGGCACAAGUGUGGGAACCAGAAGAGCUGCCCCCAGAAUUAUUUUGCCUUCAAGAUCGUCAGUGGUGCUGCAAAUGUGGUGGGACCCUCAAUCUGCUUUGAAGACUUGGUCCUCAUGAGCAACGUGAAAAACAACAUUGGCAGAGGCCUGAACAUUGCACUGGUGAAUGGAACAACUGGGCAGCUCCUGAAAACCGACUCCUUCGACAUGUACUCUGGAGACAUUACCAAGCUGCAAACCUUCCUCCAAGGGAUCAAGCGUGGCACCCUUGUGCUGGUAGCAAGCUACGAUGAUGCUGCCACAAGAAUGAAUGAUGAAGUACGGGCAUAUUUCACAGAGCUGGGCAGCAGCGACGUGGGCAAGCUGGGCUUCCGGGACAACUGGGUCUUCUUGGGAGCAAAAGGGCUGAUGAACAAGAGCCCCUUUGAAAAGUGCAUCAAAAAUGAUAAAGAGACAAAUAAAUACGAUGGCUGGCCUGAGCUGUUGGAGAUGGAGGGCUGUGCCCCCAGGAAGAUGGACUAG